GUCGGGCUCCACCCCCUCCCGCUUCUCCCUCCCUGGGCUGCACCGCUCACGCCUUCCUGUUAGUCCGAGCUGGGAGAAGUUCACUCGGAUCAGCUGAUCCCAAUUGACAACAGGCGAGGAGGAAGCUCCGGAGGCAGCCGAAGAGGAGGGGGGCGGAGAUGGAGAUGAGGAUGGAUCCACCGGUGUCCUGAGGAUCAACCCCCGCCCCCACCGGCACCCCGCGGUCCCCCGACGCCUCUUGCCGCGGCCGAGCUGCUCCGUGGUGUUCCCUGAAAUACUGACCUGAGGUUGGAUCAUAUUGAAACGUUUCUGACCACUCUCUUUCAUUACCAAAACCUUGGGAUUGAGGCCCAAUUGAUGAGCCCAUCAGUGAACCCAUCAGAUCUCUCUCAGAUAGCCAUAAAAGACCCUUUCAAGUUAAUUUUAACCACAUAUUUGCCUGCACUUUAUGGAGGAUGAAACCAUCAAACCAAAUCAACGUUGCUGCUGAUACAGGAGUCUUGGAGGCUGAAAAUUAAAAAUUCUAACAUUUAUGAGUGUGUGAAGAAUUCUAAUAGGACACCGAAAGGUUUUUUUAUUUUUGUUUUGUAAGGUGUUCAGAACCCUGUGGUAUUUCUGUGCAGUCUUCAGACUCAAAGCCUUGGUCAUCACUCCUGGUGAAAGCCCGGUGACUGUUACAUGGUGGGUGAUUUCCUUCCCAACCUGAGUAUGAGUGCCCAGACUUCCCCAGCAGAGAAGGGGCUGAUGUGCCAGGAAAGUUACGCGUGCAGCGGCACUGACGAAGCUGUCUUUGAGUGUGAUGAGUGCUGCAGCUUGCAGUGUCUCCGCUGCGAGGAGGAGCUGCAUCGGCAGGAGCGCCUGAGAAACCAUGAGCGGAUAAGACUCAAACCUGGCCACAUCCCUUACUGUGACCCCUGCAAGGGCCCCAACGGGCAUUCUCCAGGUGUUAGGCAGAGGGCAGCUGUGAGGUGCCAGACCUGUAAAAUCAACUUGUGCCUGGAGUGCCAGAAGAGGACUCAUUCUGGGGGUAACAAAAGGAGACACCCCGUUACCGUGUAUCAUGUCACUAAGGCCCAAGAAUUACUAGAGGACGAAGAGAUGGAUGAGGAGACCAAGAGGAAGAAGAUGACUGAGAAGGUUGUGAGUUUCCUCCUCGUAGAUGAAAACGAAGAAAUUCAGGUAACGAAUGAAGAGGACUUUAUUAGGAAAUUGGACUGCAAACCUGAUCAGCAUCUGAAGGUAGUUUCCAUUUUUGGAAAUACUGGUGAUGGAAAGUCUCAUACCCUCAAUCACACUUUCUUUUAUGGCCGUGAAGUCUUCAAAACCUCCCCAGCCCAGGAGUCCUGUACCGUAGGAGUGUGGGCAGCGUAUGACCCAGUCCACAAAGUAGCAGUGAUAGACACGGAAGGGCUUUUGGGGGCUACGGUGAAUCUAAGCCAGAGAACACGGCUGCUGCUUAAGGUCCUGGCCAUCUCAGACCUCGUCAUCUAUCGAACUCAUGCCGACCGGCUGCAUAAUGACCUCUUCAAGUUCCUUGGGGACGCCUCAGAAGCUUACCUGAAGCACUUCACUAAGGAGCUCAAGGCUACCACUGCCCGCUGUGGCCUGGAUGUCCCCUUGUCCACCCUGGGCCCAGCUGUUGUAAUUUUCCAUGAGACUGUGCACACUCAGCUACUGGGCUCUGAUCAUCCCUCAGAUGUGCCGGAGAAGCUCAUCCAGGACCGGUUCCGGAAACUGGGCCGCUUCCCGGAAGCCUUCAGUUCCAUUCACUACAAGGGAACGAGGACUUACAACCCCCCCACAGACUUCUCUGGGCUUCGGCGUGCUUUGGAGCAGCAGCUCGAGAACAACACCACCCGUUCUCCCCGGCACCCAGGGGUCAUCUUCAAAGCCCUGAAGGCUCUGAGUGACCGCUUCAGCGGUGAGAUCCCCGAUGACCAGAUGGCACAUAGCUCCUUUUUCCCAGAUGAGUACUUCACCUGCUCCUCCUUGUGCCUCAGCUGUGGGGCUGGAUGUAGGAACAGCAUGAAUCAUGGGAAAGAAGGAGUACCUCAUGAAGCCAAGAGCCGCUGCAGCUACUCCCACCAGUAUGACAACCGCGUUUAUACCUGCAAGGCCUGCUAUGAGAGAGGCAAGGAAGUCAGCGUAGUGCCCAAGACAUCUGCUUCCACCGACUCCCCCUGGAUGGGUCUUGCAAAAUAUGCCUGGUCUGGGUAUGUGAUCGAAUGUCCUAACUGCGGAGUGGUCUAUCGUAGCCGGCAGUACUGGUUUGGGAACCAAGAUCCUGUGGAUACGGUGGUGCGGACAGAGAUUGUGCAUGUGUGGCCCGGAACUGAUGGAUUUCUGAAGGACAACAACAAUGCUGCCCAGCGCCUCUUGGAUGGGAUGAACUUCAUGGCUCAGUCGGUGUCUGAGCUUAGCCUUGGGCCCACCAAGGCUGUGACAUCCUGGCUGACAGACCAGAUCGCCCCCGCCUACUGGAGGCCAAACUCCCAGAUCCUGAGCUGCAGCAAGUGCGCUACAUCCUUUAAAGAUAACGACACCAAGCAUCACUGCCGGGCCUGUGGGGAGGGCUUCUGUGAUGGCUGCUCAUCUAAGACCCGGCCAGUGCCCGAACGGGGCUGGGGGCCUGCACCCGUGCGGGUGUGUGACAACUGCUAUGAUGCCAGAAAUGUCCAAUUAGAUGUUACCGAGGUACAGACAGACGAUGAAGGCGGGACGCUGAUUGCUCGGAAGGUGGGCGAGGCCGUGCAGAACACUCUGGGAGCUGUGGUGACAGCCAUUGACAUACCACUAGGUCUGGUAAAGGAUGCGGCAAGGCCGGCAUACUGGGUGCCUGACCACGAGAUCCUGCACUGCCACAACUGCCGAAAGGAGUUCAGCAUCAAGCUUUCCAAGCACCACUGCCGGGCCUGUGGACAGGGCUUCUGUGACGAGUGCUCCCAUGACCGCCGGGCUGUCCCUUCUCGAGGCUGGGACCAUCCUGUCCGAGUCUGCUUUAACUGCAAUAAAAAGCCCGGUGACCUUUAACCCCAGCUCCCUCUCCAAGUCCUUCACAAUUCCUUAGGUUCUCAGGGUUAGAAACAGAAGUCUCAUUGAGGUAGGCCCUCCCCCUGGUCACCUGUUGUGGUGUGUAUCCUCUCUGCUCAUCCUGGGGCACUUUCCCACGACGUGGGGUAGGGCAGAUGGCAAGCUGGGGUGAGCCUGGCGGCAGGCCCGAAGGCAUGAAUCCCUCAAGGCAGAGGACCGAGCAGCUCUUAGCGAAGGGGAAUGAACCCGAAUCCGUUGCAUUAAUUUGUUAAAAAUAAUAAAUUUAUACCCAUAUAGACACAUGAAAGGAACGUUGGAGUAUAUUUGGGCUGCUGCUGGUUGCGAAGACUUAACCACAAGUCUUUCCCUGGCGCAGGGACAAGGUGGUGGUGGCAGCAGAUCUUCCCCCCAAAAAAAGAGCCAGGUCCAAAGCCACUGUGUUGCUGGCCACCUUCUUUCCAAGCUUACAAAGCCCUCUUUUCCUUGCCUUUUCCCGUCAUGCCUCUUGGCCGCCCGGGGAAGUGAGCUUCCCAGGUGUUUGCUUGGAACCGCCUGAAGGGGAUCUACCUGGGCCCCCCAGAGCUGGAUCCCAAUUCUUGGCCUAUGCCUGUUUCAGUCAGAGACCACUCAACUUAGCGUGCAGGUCACCGGAGUGGGUGGCGAGUGAGGGGUGGGGUCCUCGGGCCUGAGAAGUCAGAGCGCAGUGAUGUGACAUCACCGUUCCUGGGGCAGGCUCGGAAGGAAACGCCCUCCCCCAGUCGUGUCUCCUGCUUAUUGCUGCUGCUGUCUGUGCAUCCACUCGGCUUUCCCAAGGCUGUACCCUGCUCCCGAAUACAGCACCGCUUCCCUCCCCUCCAACCUCCUCAAGCCCACCAUCUGCUUCUGAGUGUUGCACUAGGAUUUUUAUUGCUUAUUUUGAAGUGUCUUAAUUCUUUGUUCCCAGACACAUGACCCCUCUAGCUAUUGGAGGGGUGAUCAUGAGAAAUCUUCCAGGGAAACAGAGCACAGAAUGGACUGUUAGUUGUUUUUUGGGGUUUUUUUUUUUUUGAGUAUAUAUAAAUAUUUCAACAGAUCAUUAAGAAAAAAUUCUCUCUGGUCCUUGCAAGAGAAGUCAGAUGAACUUUGGUUUCUCAUCAAGAGCUGGGACACCCAUAUCUAUCAUGACUGGAAAGAGACUUGUACUGAAAUCCUGUCGUCAUGGUGGAUUUUAUCUUCAACGGCCAAAAACGAAGAAUUAGAAGCGACAUAGUUCCUGACUGAACUGGUGGGUGGGCCAAGCUUCGGGGAGGCACGUGGCAGACAUUCCUGGCAUGUGUCAGUGUGACCUGAGCCCUGGAAUGUGUUGGUUCUCAGAUGCCCCCGUACUGCCUCCUGUGGCCCAGUGACAGGCCCUACUCUAGUACUGUGUAUCAUCCAAUUUGCCAUCAUAAAGGAAUCUUCCUGCUGAACAUGGA